AUGAAAAGAAUUUGUCUUAACCGUGUUUUAUUUCUUUUUUGCGUCUGUAUUCUCGGCUGCCACGAAGCUCAUGCAAUAUGUGGUGGUGAAAAGGAACAGCGAUUCAUUAAAAUUUCCCAAGGUACGUGAAACUGAACCAGGCUACUUCAUGGCGCGUGUUCCCCUAGAAACGCAGGCUACGUUUCCACUAUAACGGAUACGGCUUUCCUUAACGGCGCGAAAAAGCACCUAUCCGAUACGGAAUGUACAACUUUCAGAAGCUGAGCGAAACAACAUCUCUCCGUUGCAAUAAUUCCUCUGGAAACAGCGUUCCUAAAAAGUACGGAUAGCUAGGUGUUUCUACACGUCGCUACGCAAAGCUAUCCAGUACAGUUCAUGAUGUGCAUCUCCAAAUGAGUGUUGUUGUUAGAACAUAUUUGAUUCGUUGGAUAUUAUAGUAAUGGCACCUUGAAGUAAACUGAACUCAACUCAACUCGUUUUCAUUUGCCUGGGAUUAACGAAUUCAGAAUAGGCUUUUCAAAUCUCGAAACUCAUGAAUGUCUUCUGAACAGCUGUGAGUAUUGAUUCAAAAACUUCACUCGAUACUAAAUUUUCAUUAUUUCAGAUGGUUUGGCAGAAGUUAAUCCUUUCAACAGAACGACAGUCGCCUCGAAUGUGUUGUGUUCGUUCGACUGCGCUAGUCGUCUUCCUUGUUGGUCGUUUGUUUACUUAAAACAAGCGACGACAGAGAAUUGUUUGCUAAGCAGAGAUGCCAAUGGUGGCAGCAGCAGUGAAGAUAGCGAGACAUUCAUAGGUACAACGAAACGACCAAAUAUUGAUGAGGCGGUAAGUUAAAUAAGGCCCCGUUCUCUAGUCGUUAAUGUGUACACGCGUAAAAACGGGCAAGUUGUAACAAACCUGCAGCAGACUUGUAGCAAUGCUGUUCCAACAACUUGUCAACAGGAUGUGUUCGCCCUGCUUGUUCCCAGCUUGUUGACAAGUUGUCAACGACUUGUGCCAAACUUUCUACAAGGUUGUUGAGCUCAACCGCAGACUUGUUACAAUACAUGUUGUUCCAACAACUUGUCAACAAGUUGUGAGUGACAACCUUGUAGCGACAUGAUAAAAUAACAGCAUUGUUACAACUUAAAAAAUUAGUUCGUUCACUGCAACCAGGUACAUCAAUCAUGUUUCGCUCGCUACUCUGGUUUAAAUAAAUGAUUACAAAGCCCAGUCGAAUUGUAAUCAAGACCCUAGGGUCUUGAUUACAAUUGCAGGGUCUUGAUUACAAUUCGACUGGGCUUUGCAAUCAUUUAUUUAAACCAGAGUAGCGAGCGAAACAUGAUUGUUACAACUUGUUGACAAGCUUGCUACAAGCCUGUUGCGAACACAUCUUGUUGACAAGCUUUUUAUGUGUGUAUAUAUGAAGACAGUAUUAAGAAUGGAGUCUGGAAUAUUCCCGAUCCUGUUGUUUCUUGUGUUGUUUGGUUUUGCAUUUUAUUAUCUUUGAUGAAAGAACGAAUCAUUUAAUUCUGUCGUUUAGGUGUGUGAUCACGACAAAUGUCAGCGAGGAUCAAAGUGUAUUGCUUGUUCCUCUGAUAGUUACGAAUGUGAAUGUCCGCCGUGGGCCAGUGGACGCCUCUGUCAGAACCUGAAUCCAGGUAUGUUUUCCAGUGAUCUCAAUAUAUUUAUCUGGGGCGAGAAUUUGAGACUAAAAAGUGAACCGCGUAGACAAAACAAUAGAAAGGGACUGGACCUGACGUCCUAUAUCUCUUCCAUUUCCAAUCUCGUUCCUCGAGCCUGCGAUCCUCGGGAAGGAACGCGAGGCUCUGGGAUAAUCCGUUGCCGGAAGCCAGGAAUCCUGGCUAAGAUUGAACUGCGCAUUCCAUUUCAACAGCCAAUCAGAUUCCUCCCUGAAACGGAUUAUCCCAGAGCCUCGCGUUCCUUCCCGAGGAUCACAGGCUCGGGGAACGAGAUUGUUCCAUUUCCGCCAUCUUGGCAAGGAGUGUGCGGAAAUUUCGUAUUUGGACUUCGAUUUAAUUAACAAUAGAGACCUUACGAUUUUAGGACGGCAACGGCUACCAAUACAAUAGAUAACUGAAAAGAAUUGAGUAAUUACAAUAAUUUGUCAAUAUAUGAAUAAUUUAGACAUUGUCCUCGCUCUGUUUGCAACGCAAAAUCACAGAUUUUCACGUCUUGAUACAACGGCUGCAUUCCAAGCCGCAACAAGUGCAACUUCAAACUGGAUUUAGCAGAACUCUUCCCAACCAUAAAACCCAUGUCUUCAACUUCUAAAACUGUAUUAAAUUCAUACGAUUGAUAACAUACGACUAUCUUUACUACCAUUUAUUUGAAGGAGUUUGUUUUGGCAGUCGUCGUUGCGUCGCCGUCCUAAAAUCGUAAGGUCUCCAUUUAUUCGCCGAAGGCGAGGUAAUUAUCGGUGAAUAAAAACCGAGACGAGAUCGAGGUUUUUAUUCACGAUAAUCGCCGAACCUGAGAUGAAUAAUUGUUUUAGUAUAAUUUCAUAGGUGAUUAUUUGGGAAAAAAUAAAAAUAUAAAUUUCUUUAUCAUUUAAUUGACAAAACGGCUUCCGCCAUUUCGAAAAUCGCUUAGGUGAUUAUCGCGUUAUAAUCACUUCAACGGCAACCAAUCAGCGUGGAGAAUUUUCAAUAAUCACCUAUAUAAUUAUACUGAAGACUAAUAUUAUGAUUUUAUGAACUGAAAACUUGAUUAGCGAUACUGUACAUUACAAGUAACUGAUUUGAUGACUUUUGCUUUGGGGGAGGGGGGUGUUGACGCCCAGCACUUUAUUCUGUUUUCACUUUAUCUUACAGACUACAACCAAAGCCUGCUACCCUGGAAGCGAGGCAGAGGCUAUGGGAUAGUAACUGUUGAUAUCGCGUUCAACAUAGCGUGGUGCACCACUAGUGAUCAUAAGAUUUUUAUCAACGUCAAUGGACGAGAUGGCACAUGGGUUAAUGUAGGUGGAAGGCUAAGUCAAAUAAGCAUUGGAGAGAGCGGAGUCUGGGGCGUAUACACUACUGGUGCCAUUUACUACAGAGGAGGGAAAACAGCAUCAAAUCCUAGCGGCACCGUUUGGUACCUGAAUAUUGGCUUGCUUAUUAAAAUUACUUCUGGACCUCCAGGUAAACAAAAUUAA